AUGGAGCACUCUCACAUCGAGUGGAUUCUUGAGAACGAGAAAAACUACUAUGACAUUUUGGGCGUGGGCCGGGGUGCGAGUGAGAAGGACAUCCGCCGCAGCUAUCUCUCACUGGCUCUCAAACUUCACCCGGACAAAAACAUCGGUGACGAAAAGGCGGAUGCGGCAUUUCGUGCGGUAGGUAAGGCCUAUACCGUAUUGAAGGAUACGAGGUUACGUGCGCUUUUCGAUGCGGGAGGCGCUGAUAAUUUGCAUGGGUUUGACACAGAGUAUCCGUCACUGCAUGAGAUAGUUGUCGCCCUGUUCAAUUUUGCGGCUGCAGAGAUGCUUUACUUUGUAGCACACCAAGCGCACGUUUCUGAGGUCUUGAGGGAGAGACAUGGCUGGAUAGAGGCGUUUAUCUCAUGGAGCCCGACGGAUGACUUUGCGUUUUUCCGGAAAUCGAGCCGACAAGAGUCCCGGCGCGUUGUAACUAAGCUGUUUGCGUUGGUCGUGCUGCUUUUCCUGUGCGUCUCGGUGGGUCAGAGCUAUUUUCAGUAUUUUAGUGGAACACCCAGUGGGGCGGCGAGCGGGGUCCCGUACCACCAGCUGUCGCGGGACAAUCCCCGCGACUCGGGCGCCAUUUUUACUGUCCGCGUGCUACGUGAUGGAAACAUGACAGAUGUUGCAGUCUGGAGACCCUCCAGCACCAGUGAGGCGGAUGCCAGGGCAUUGGCGCAGCAGUGGAUUCGUGAGAGGUGCCCCACAGAAAAACUCUUUUCCUGGGCGUCGCGCGAACGAUAUAACCACACCGCCACUCUACGUGUUGGUCGGAAGUUAAGGGCGACUCCAUCUCCAAACCGCGCCCCAAAGCGCAAGUGGACGGUUAAAAGCUGGAAGCCAAAAUUUGAAGAAUUUUUCCCAGUGAAGUCUGCUGGUGAGUUGUAUGUGGCAUCCCCACUCUGUGGGGGCGUGGGCUAA